AUGUUGACAAACGAGGAUUUGGAACUCCUCAACAACAUGAACACGGGGUCAACAAAUAUUACCAGUGUAAAUAACAGUAAAAAUAUUACCAGUAAAAAUAAUAAUAACAACAACAAUAACAACAACAACAACAACAACAACAACAACAAUAAUAACAAUAUUAAAAACAAUAAUAAAAAUAAUAUACUAUAUCGACAAUUCCCAAUGAAUAGUGGUAGUGGUGAGUACCCAAAAAAAAGAAAUUUAAAAAGUAACCCAAUGUCAUAUGAUGACUAUGAUGAUGAAGAAGAUCCAAUUGAAUUAGAAUUAAAAAAGAAAAUGUUAACAAUGUUAAAUCAAAAUUCAAUACCUCAACAACACCAUAAUAAUGAACACUAUAAUGAUAAUACAUUUUCAGAUCAAGAUGUAGUAUUUAGUGAUAGCGAUGGUGGUGGUGGUAAUAACAAUAAUAGUUAUUAUAGUCGUGGUAGUGGAAGUGGUCAUAGUGAUAAUAUAACUGAACUAUAUAGUAAUUUUAAUAAUGAUCAAAUUUAUAAUCAAACUUUACAACAAUAUAAUAAUAAAAGUUUAUUAGCAAAACAACAUAAUAGAUCAAUCUCUGUAAAUAAUAAUCAACAACAACAAAAUCAAAAUCAAAAUCAAAAUCAAAAUCAAAAUCAAAAUCAAAAUCAAAAUCAAAAAUCAUUUUUAAAUACAAGUAAUCCUGGUAUAUCGUUACCAUUUGGUAGUCCAAAAUUAUCUCAUAUUUCAUCAUCAAAUAAAGGAGACAAUAUGAAUUUAAAUAAUAGCGUAAAUAGUACAAAUUUAUUGAAUAGUUAUGGUAGUAGUAAUAGUAAUAAUAAUAAUAAUAAUAAUAAUAAUAAUAGUUAUGAAGAAUAUUUUAAUUUAAAUGAUAAAUAUUUAAUAUGUGAAAGAGAUAGAAUUAAAUCAUUAACUAAGGAAUAUAAAUUCGAUAUUAUUCAAGAGAGAUUAACAAUUAAAGAAUAUAAAUUAUAUGCAGUAGAGGAAUGGAUAUUUAAAUCGAAUCAUAUGUGGAGUGCGAUUUCUUAUACUGGUAAUCCUGAUGAUAAGGUAUUGGUGACAUCAAUUAGACCAACUCAACAGUCAAAGGCAUUCUUUAACUUGAUUUCAAAACCACCCAAUUCCACAUUCUACUCUAUCAACACAAGAGAGGGUCAAUUGCUAUUGGCAAACUAUGGUGACUCUUCACAAUAUGGUGGCUUGACAUUGAUCGAUAUAGCCGAUGGCGAUUUCGAUCAGCAUAUAUCAGAUUUGAAAACUAAUUUAUCUUUGAAAAGAUUAGGUUGUACAGGUCCAAAAUAUCAAAUAUCUCCAAUGAAACUAACCACUAAUUGUAGUGAUAAGUUUAGAAAAUUAUCUGGUUUUCCAAAAAUAUCAAACAACUAUGUUUGUGAUUUCGUUAAAGAAUUACAAGCUGCUCUAUCUCAUUUAAAUUAUUUACCUUUAUUAACUAAAAUCGAUGGUUGUUAUGAUCAAAAAACUAUAAAUGCAUUAAAAGCUUUUCAACUUGAUACAAAUAAGAAGAAAUUAUUAGAAAUUAAUAGUAAUAGUGGUACCACUACUACUACAAAUACAAAUACAAAUACAAAUACAACUAGUUCAUUAUUACCAACAGAAGGAUUUUUAGAUCAAAAUACAUUUGAUGAAUUACAAGAGGAAAUUUUGAAAUUAGCAAAUAAAUUAUAUAGUUUAGGUUUUUCACCACCUGAUAGUCCAAUCAAAAACUAUCAAGAAUUUAAUGUUGUCAUUAAACAAUUUCAAGAAAAUUUUAGAAUUUGUCCAGAUGCUCCUGGUAAAAACAUUUUAAAUUUUAUUGAAAAAUUAAAUUUAAAAGUACCAAUCAAUGCAAAUAAUUUAACAAAUUCAACAACUGCUACAAAUACUUUAAAUUCAAAUAAUACAAGAAAUAGAAGUAAAUCUGAUUCUGCUGAUGAUAAUAAUAAUAAUAAUAAUUCUUCAACAACUUCCAAUACAACACAUAGAGUUAAUCAUUCAAAACAAUCAUCUUCAGUUGGUAAUAAAAUUAUAGUUAAUCGUAAUACUCGUAAUGGUUCUAAUAAUACUACUAAUGCAGCUAGUGGUAAUAUAAUAUCAACUGUAAAUAAUAGUAGAAGUAGUACAAGUGUUAAUAAUAAUAGUAAUAAUAAUAAUAGUAAUAAUAAUCAAUAUGGUAGUUUUGAUGAUAUGGAAAGUUUUAAAAGAGGUCAAGAGAAAACUGAUGCUGAAAUAUUUAGAUAUUAUGAUGAUGAUGACGAUGAAGAUGAGGAUGAAGAUUAUUAUGAAGAUGUUGAAGAGGAUGAAUAUUAUACUCAUGAUGAAUCUUAUGAUAAAGAUGUUAAAUCUGAUACAACAACCGGUGCUGAUGUUGAAGAUGAUUCAAAGAGUGAAGGUUCUUCUUAUUUCAAUAGAAAUAAAUCAUCAUCGUCAACUGGUAAUUUACCAGGUGUAUCAACAACAACAACAACAACAACAUCAACAACAGCAACAGCAACAAAUAAUAAUACAAAAUCAUCAACAGAUGUAACUACAAAAACUACUACAACCAAUACAAAUACAAAUUCAAAUCCAGCAACAACAACAACAACAGGUAAAAAUAUAUUAUCACAAACUCAAAAUGAUAUAAAUAAUUUAGAAACUAUUACAGAAGCAGAAGAAAAGGAAAGAUUAAAACAAACAAUUAUUAAAUUAGAAGGAUUGGUAGAGAAACAACAACAACAAUAUUCAAAAUUAAAAGAUGAUUUUAAUCAACUCUAUGAAAAUUAUUUUGAAUUAAAAGAGAAAUCUUUGAAAUCUAUUGCAGUCAUUCAAACAAAUGAAAAAAUGUUUGGUGAAAUUAAUAAUCGUUGGAAUAAAUUAACAAAAAAAGAAUUACCAGAGAUUGAAGAUAAAAUUAAUACAAAUGUUGAUAUAAUUCAGUCCUAUUCAAACAAAAUGAAAAGAUUAGAUGAUAUUGUAACAUCAAUUCAAAGAAAGAAUGAUAGAAAUAUAUUUAUCUCAUUCUUAAUGAGUAUUGGUUCAUUAUUGGCAAUUAUGUUUGCAUAUUUGUUAUUAUUUGCCACAAAGAUUAAAAGAAAUGUUGCUCUUGCUUUGGAUCCAAUUAUUAAUCAAAAUAAUCAUCAAAAUGCCAAUAAACCUAAAACUUCAACUGAUGAGAAUAUUGAAGAUUUUGUAAUUAAACAAAAGUUAAGAAUAACUCAAGUUAUGGAUGAUUAUGAUGAUGUAGGAAAUAAAUAA